AUGACCACUCCUCAUGUAAUCGCAUCGUCGUCAGCUCAUCACGGCUCUCAAUCUGCGACGUCUAACGGGAUUGUCGGCACCCACUAUCGAGUCGGUAAGAAGAUUGGAGAGGGGUCUUUCGGUGUCGUCUUCGAAGGAACGAAUGUACUCAGCAAUCUGCCUGUUGCCAUCAAGUUUGAACCACGUAAAGCAGAAGCGCCUCAACUACGAGAUGAGUACAGGUCUUACCGCACCUUGCACGGCACUCCUGGAGUUCCUCAAGUCCAUUACUUUGGUCAAGAAGGAUUGCACAACGUCCUUGUCAUUGACCUCCUGGGACCGAACCUCGAGGACCUCUUUGACAUGUGCGGUCGUAAGUUCACCAUCAAGACUGUGUGUAUGGCUGCCAAACAGAUGGUCACUCGUGUACAGGCAAUCCACGAGAAGUCCCUCAUUUACCGCGAUAUUAAACCUGAUAAUUUCCUCAUUGGGGUUCCUGGAUCGAAGACAGCCAAUACCAUUCAUAUCAUUGAUUUUGGAAUGGCAAAACACUAUCGAGAUCCGAGGACCAAAGUACAUAUACCAUACAGAGAACGGAAAUCCCUUUCGGGAACGGCACGUUAUAUGUCGAUUAACACGCAUCUCGGCCGAGAGCAAUCGCGACGAGACGAUUUGGAGUCGCUUGGUCAUGUUUUCAUGUACUUUUUGCGAGGCGGUCUUCCAUGGCAAGGCCUGCGUGCGGCGACGAACAAGCAGAAGUACGAGAAAAUUGGUGAGAAGAAGCAAACUACACCGAUCGACGAGCUGUGCGAAGGCUUCCCAGAGGAGUUUGCAAUAUACAUGAAUUAUGUGCGCAAGUUGGGUUUUGAAGAGACGCCUGACUAUGAUUUCUUGCGCGAGCUAUUCAGUAAGGUUUUGAAGACUCUCGGUGAGCCUGAAGAUGGUGUGUUCGACUGGAUGCUUUUGAACGGCGGCAAGGGUUGGGAAGCGGGACACACACCGUCUACACUUCUUGCUCAAGCUCACGCCAAUGCCGCGGCACCACAUACGCCUCACCGCGAGCACCGCUCGCGUCAUGACGAACGCCACCGUCGCUCUCGGCAACCAUUGCCUGAUGCUCAGUCACCCUCGUCACAACAGGUUCUCGUGCCGACACCUGCACAUGUUAGACAUUCAAGCCGCCGUGCCCAACAAGAUUCAAGAGGCAACUCGCGCGAACAAAUCAGCGUGCAGCCGAUUGCGCCCACGAGCCGUCGUGCCAGUCACCAACAAAUUCCUCGUGGGGAACGUGACAGUGCAGGGCUGGUUGCACCGCACCCAUACGCGAGUGCGCCGAGCCCGGGCGGGCCUCGGGGCACAGCUUAUGAUCGUGCGUCACCAAACGGGGUUCCUCCGCAGCAGCCGAAUGGGAUCGGCGCGAACACGUCCGAUUCUAUCGUUUAUGGCCAGCCCACGGGCAAACAGGGUACAAACUCGCGGGACGGCACCACGACCGGCGGUACGGCUGUGAAUCGCGACACGGUGAACGCUGCUGGUACCCGUGGUAUGAGCGUAUAUGAUCGGGAACAGAUGACGCGCGUCGGAGAGCAAGAUGAGCAUGGACAUGGCCGCAAGAAAGGAUUCUGGGCUGCGUUUUGUUGUAGAGGAUAG